UCUCACACUCCACAGCAUUUGAAAAAAAAAAAAAAAACCCUUCCUCUCUUUCCCCCUCUCUUCCUUUUCUUGAAAUCAUCAGAAAACAAUGAUCCUAAAGUCCCUAACGGCAGCAAUUUUCCUGUCGUUUCUCGCAUUUUCGCCCGUUCUCUGCGACUCAGUUUCGGAAGUCAACGCCUCGCUCCCUUACCUGUGGCCGCUGCCGUCGGAAUUCACCUCCGGAAACGACACUCUCUCCGUCGACCCUGCCCUCUCUCUGGCCCUCGCCGGAAGCGGAGGGCGCGGCUCCGCCAUUGUCAGAGCCGCCUUCGAUCGCUACAAGGGGAUCAUAUUCAACCACGCCAAUGGCGGCACUUCGCGAAGAAGUCGCGUGUAUGAUAUCAGAAGCUUGAAGAUUGUCGUUGACUCCGAUAGCGACGAACUUCAACUUGGUGUGGAUGAGAGCUACGAGUUGUUUGUGGCUAAGAAUGAUGGGCAAUCGGUUGUGGGUGAAGCGACCAUCGAGGCAAACACUGUAUACGGUGCACUCCGGGGUUUGGAGACAUUCAGCCAAUUGUGUACUUUUGACUAUGAAUCCAAGUCUGUGCUAGUAUACCAGGCACCCUGGUAUAUUCAAGACAAACCAAGAUUUGCUUAUCGUGGGCUUCUACUUGAUACAUCAAGGCACUAUUUCCCAAAAGAUGUAAUUAAGCAGAUAAUUGAUUCCAUGUCAUAUGCAAAACUUAAUGUUCUUCAUUGGCACGUCAUAGAUGAGCAAUCAUUUUCUAUGGAAAUACCUUCAUAUCCAAAUUUGUGGAGAGGCGCAUACACAAAGUGGGAGCGUUAUACAGUAGAGGAUGCAAUUGAAAUUGUCAUCCAUGCCAAACUAAGAGGCAUCAACAUUAUGGCCGAAGUAGAUGUCCCUGGUCACGCAGAAUCAUGGGGCGCUGGAUAUCCGGAUCUUUGGCCUUCUUCUACCUGCAGAGAGCCACUUGACGUUUCAAAGAAUUUUACUUUUGAUGUGGUUUCUGGAAUUCUUGAAGAUCUGAGAAAGAUUUUUCCCUUCGAGCUAUUCCACUUGGGUGGUGAUGAGGUUAAUACAAGUUGCUGGAGCUCUACUCCCCAUGUGAAGCAAUGGCUUCAGGAUACAAACUUUACUGCCAAGGAGGCUUAUCAGUAUUUCGUACUCAGAGCACAAGAGAUUGCAGUUUCAAAAAAUUGGACCCCAGUAAAUUGGGAAGAAACCUUCAAUAAUUUCCCAGAAAACCUUCAUCCAAGGACCAUAGUGCAUAACUGGUUGGGCCCAGGGGUUUGUCCGAAGGUUGUUGCCAAAGGUUUCAGAUGCAUUUUCAGCAAUCAAGGUGUUUGGUAUCUUGAUCACCUAGAUGUCCCAUGGAACGAAUUUUAUACCGCUGAGCCACUGGAAGGAAUAGACAAUGCUUCUGUGCAAAAGCUUGUGCUUGGGGGAGAAGUAUGCAUGUGGGGUGAGACAGCUGAUACAUCGAAUGUUCAGCAAACAAUAUGGCCUCGAGCUGCGGCUGCUGCAGAGCGGCUGUGGAGCAGUAGGGAGGCCAUAUCUUCCGGAAACAUUAACGUGACCGCAUUGCCUCGCUUGCAUUACUUCAGAUGCUUGUUGAACAGACGCGGGGUUCAAGCUGCUCCUGUUACAAACGAGUAUGCUCGAACUCCUCCAAGUGGUCCAGGCUCCUGCUUUGAGCAAUAAUUCUUUCAGUAUGUACAUGGAUAUUUAUCAAUUUUUCUUGUUCCUCAUGUUUCAUUUGCUUGCACAAUAAAUAUGAACUUGCUUGCCCGUGUAUUUUAAUAAUUGAUGUUGGUUUUAUGUUACGUUGGCUUGGAAUCUGCUUCUUCAUUGUUGUUUGAGCUAUGACUGGUUGUUAU